AGGUUAGACGUGUAAAACCAAACUGUUGCCGUUAAAAGACAACGGCGUCGUUUCUUCGCCCUCCAGCUCUUCGUCUCCUCCUUCACCGCUCUCCACCGUAUCGUGUGCCGCCAUGAGCUUCGACUUGGUGCUGAAGCCGUGCUGCGAUGGGUGCGGGUCGACGUCCGACCUCUACGGGAGCAAUUGCAAGCACACCACGCUCUGCCUCUCCUGCGGCAAGACCAUGGCGACCAAUCGCGGCCGCUGCCACCUCUGCGGCGCCUUCAUCACCAAACUGAUCCGGGAAUAUAAUGUACGGGCAAGUGCCAACAUAGACAAAGCUUUCUAUAUCGGUAGGUUUGUAACUGGCUUGCCACCUUUUUCGAAGAAGAGUUCAGAGAACAGGUGGUCUCUUCACAAAGAAGGCCUUCAAGGACGCCAACUCACUGACACUUUGAAGGAGAAGUACAAGAAUAAACCAUGGAUAUUGGAAGAUGAGACUGGCCAGCAUCAGUAUCAAGGUCAAAUUGAGGGCUCACAAUCUACAACUGCUACUUAUUAUUUGCUAAUGAUGCAUGGGAAGGAGUUCCUUGCUUUUCCUGCUGGUUCCUGGUACAAUUUUAGCAAAAUUGCACAAUACAAGCAAUUAACUUUGGAAGAGGCUGAAGAGAAAAUGAACAAGAGGAGACAUAAUGCAACUGGAUAUGAAAGGUGGAUGAUGAAGGCAGCAACUAACGGGGCUGCUGCUUUUGGUGAAGUAAAGAAGAAUGAGGAAGCAAGCAAAGGUGAGGCUGAUGGAAGCAGUCGCCUUAAGAAAGGAAAGAACAGUGAUGAUGGAGAGCAUUCUGACAAGGGUGAAGAAAAUGAGGAUGAAGAGGAGGCAAGAAAGAAUAGGCUUGGACUGAGCAAAAAGGGUGUUGAUGAUGAUGAAGAAGGUGCAAAAGGGGGUGAAUUUGAUCUUGAUGAUGAUGACAUUGAAAAAGGUGAUGACUGGGAGCAUGAAGAAACUUUUACUGAUGAUGAUGAAGCUGUUGGUAAUGAUCCAGAGGAAAGAGAAGAUUUAGCUCCUGAGAUUCCUGCUCCCCCUGAAAUUAAACAGGAUGAUGAGGAGGAAGACGAAGAAGAUGGUGGGUUGAGUAAAUCUGGAAAGGAGUUGAAAAAACUGCUUGGACGAGCUGCUGGAUUAAACGAAUCUGAUGGUGAAGAAGAAGAUGAUGAUGACGAUGAUGAUGAAAUUGGCAUGUCUCCUGUGCUGGCUCCAAAACAAAAGGAUGCCCCCAAAGACGAACCAACAGAAAACACUCCCUCAAAAGCAGCACCUCCCUCUGGAUCUGCCCGUUCUACUCCAACUACAUCAAAAUCAUCUAAAGCAAAGAGGAAACCUGGGAGUGAUGAUGUGAAGAACAAUAAUGGUUUACCUGUGAAGAAGAUGAAGGAUAAUCCAAGUGCUAAGGAUGAGCUUCCCACUUCAUCUAAAUCUAAUGUACCUCCAAAAUCAUCUCCUGCUACAACUUCCAGACCUGGGUCAACACCUUCUACAGCUCCAGUAACAGAGGAUGAAAUUCGAACUGUACUCCUUUCUGCCACUCCUUUGACAACACAGGACUUGGUUGCAAAAUUCAAAGCCAGGCUAAAAUCUCAAGAGGAUAAGAAUGCCUUUGCGGACAUCCUCCGGAGGAUAUCAAAAAUACAGAAGGCUAAUGGUCACAACUACAUUGUGCUGAGAGAUAAAUAGUACAGUGUCAUAUAGUUUCCUCGGCCUUCUGGUGAUGUUGCAUCAGACUUUUUUUGCCGAGUCUCCAAGGUUACCGCUCCUUCGAGUGCGACAAACACAAAUCGGAAUAAAAGUGUUAUCCAAUAAUAUUUGGAAAGGUUUCGGUGGAUACUAUAAAAGCAGGCUUAAUUGUAUAUUUGUAGAUUGUGUACUCGCCUGACUUUGCAUGUGAAGACUCCGUUGCUUCACAGGCUAUGCAGUUCUUGAAACCUUACAAUGCAGUUGUGGUUGAAAUGGCUUAAACUUGUUUAAUUGUUCAUUUGCACAAAUUGAUGUA